AUGAGCAAAAGAAGAGUUGUUGAAGAUUCCGAUAUCGAUGUCAGUUCUACAGAUGAAUCUGACACCGAAGUUGGUGUCACCGAAGAGGAUAUGGAGGAGGUGAUCAACGUGGAUUUCGAUUACUUCGACUUGAAUCCUGAAGUUGAUUUCCAUGCUACAAAGACGUUUAUUCGCCAACUUUUCGGCGAUGAUGCUCUUAAAUUUGAUAUCUCCGGUUUGGCGGACUUGAUUUUGACGAAGAAUGCCGUGGGAACCACAAUCAAAACAGACGGACAAGAGGGAGACCCUUUUGCUUUACUCAGUGUUAUAGAUGCCACUGCUCAUGCUGCAAAGCCCAGUGUUAAAGCUGUGGCGGACUACAUCAUCGAAAAGACCAAGGCCAACACUGAAUUCAACAUGGUGUUGAAGAAAUUGUUGAGCCCUGCUCAGACAACAAAGGAUCUGAAUAAGCAGCUAAAAGUUGGCUUAGUGAUCAGUGAGAGAAUGAUCAACAUGCCAGUGGAGGUAGUGCCGCCAAUGUACAAGAUGUUGUUUGAAGAAAUGGAAAAGGCAGAGGAUGCCCAUGAAAAAUACGAGUUCGACUAUUUUCUUGUCGUCUCCAAAAUCUAUAAAUUGGUACACGCCAACAUUGCGACUGGGGAUGACGAAAAGAAAUCGAAGAAGAAAAAAACAUCUUCCGCAGACGGCCACACAGAAGAGUUUGAUUACUUCCAUUACGAGGACGUAGUGUUGGAACAGAACGCGAAGUACCACGGACACUAUGAGUACACCGAAAAACACCAAGAGACAGACUCGCGCAGAGUUUUCACAGAAUACGGGAUAGAUCCAAAAUUAAGCGUUAUUCUUUUAAGCAAGGAUGGUUUGAAAAAAUCUGUCCCGGAGAUGGAAGAGAAAUUCCCACCCUUCUAG